GUUACAUAACCUACACAAACUUACAUGACCUAUACAAACAUGUAGGUGGACCCUGGGGCUACACAACCAACUCAAGAUCCUUCUCUUGAUAUUAGACUCCAUCCUCCCCGCCCCCUUUCCGCGCUCCUGUCUCCCACGCACAAGCCAAAUCCAGCGAGCACCAUGCCAGUCAAGCCGAUCACACCUGGCCUCACGCCAUCGCUCAGCAAGUACCUGGAACAGCGGACCCAGGAGUACCGGGAUCUAUCCGCAGCCAGGUCCACGGGACGGAACAGCUACGACUACCCGCCCGCGAACUGGCCGGCUGACCGAUGCCUGCUGACUCGGCUGCCUCGAGAGCUGCUGUUCCUCGUGUUCGACUGUCUGUACCAGGCCGACCUCUACCACCUGGCCGUGACCUGCCGCUACCUGGCAGCUCUGGCGCUGGAUCUGCUAUACAGCCGCGACAUAUCUGACUUCGACUGCCUCGCGCUUCGGUGGGCUUGCACCUUCGACAUCGCCCCGACGCUGGAACGCACUCUCAGCUACGGAGCCCCCGUCGACCAUGCCUUCCGUGAGCGUUCCCACCUGGGAUGCCGCUGGGUCAUAGACAUGACCGCCGUCGGCGCGACGUGCAGCACUCCGCUCACCACCGCCAUCGGCGCCAACGGCUCCGAAACUAUCCGCUUGCUCGUCGCUCGCGGCGCCAAUGUCAACACGCCAGAUCCUCGGACGUCACAUGUCGGCUGCGGGGGCGUUCACGAAGUCUUGUUCCCCAUACACCUUGCCAUGGGCACUCCCGACGGUCCUCCCUCUGGCAGAUUCCAGCCUGGGAAUCCUACAAUCGUCCGCCAGCUUCUCGACGCCGGGGCCGACCCGAACCAGGAGUCAGUGUGCCAUUACCCAGCCGACCCCGCCGAGAUGGUGCGACACGUCACGCCACUCAUACUGGCCAUGCAGCCCCAGGUCCCGGUCGAGACGGUCCGUUUGCUCCUAGAGCGCGGUGCUCACCCGACAUUGCCCGGCGUCUAUCGAACAUCGAGUUCCUUCACUGGCAUUGAGCAGCUCCCCUCUGAGUUUCGGGCACGUGCCCCGCUUGACUUCAUGUUGCCGCCGGAUCGCUUUCGUGGCCACCUCGUCUUCCCGCUUGACUUGGACAAAAUACGGAUCUUGCUUGCCUACGGGGACGUGAACGAGCUGUGCUAUGUCCAACCCAGGCUCAGCGCCUGGCUUCCGGACGAGCUAGACGACCGGGUACCGGUGCUUUACAACCAUUGGGAUCAUCGCCAAGCUGCCGAUAUCCUUAACCUGUUCAUCGCGGCCGGAGUUAACAUCGCUGAUUGGGCCGAGAAGGCUCACUCCCCGAUCCUGUCCGUCAUCUGGUGGGCUGAGGACGAGAUCAGGCUGCCGAGACGCGACGGCGCACUCGAACAAAGGCAUAGUAUCAUGAGCAGAGCUGUCGAGAUGAUCACGCUUUUGGCCGAGGCUACGCUGGUCGAGCCUUCUGCUGCAGGCCGGUCGCUCCGAAACUCAAGCAUCAUCGACGCGGUGGCGCGCCUGGACAGACCGGAAACGAAUCUGUGGAGGACGGGCCAGACGCCCCUCCGCUACCUGUGCAGCCCGCUCCGGAGCGUGGAUCUUACGGAACUCGUCCCCUUGCUGCUCCGCUACGGAGCCGACAUCAACGGCGCCGACGCCGGGCCCCCCACAGACCACGGCCUCGCCGACAUCAACAGCGACGACGCCGGGCGCCGCACCGCCCUCCACCUCGCCGUCAUGUUCGGCUGCGGCGCCGCGGCGCACAGCCUCCUCGGCUUCCUCGGCGGACCCACUUCCUCCGGGCUCACCGUCGACGCCCGUGACGGCCACGAUUGGACCCCGCUCCAUCACGCGUGCCUGUUCGGCUUCUGGCGCGACCGCGCCCGCCAGUGCGCGGCCGCGCGGCUGCUCUUGGACCACGGCGCCGACGUGCAUGCGCGCACCCACCGCGGGUGGACGCCGCUCGCCUUCGCCGUCCUCGCUGCCAACCCGGAGACACCGACCGGGCGACCCCGCUGCGGGACAUGGCCGUCGAGGUGGCGCGCGUCCAGGCGGACAUCGCCGCGAUGCUUGUGGAUCGACUGGGCGCUGCGGCGGUUAAACCGCCGCCGGAGUCGGAUCAGCAGGGCCUGGUGUCCCGGUUCGUGGAGUGGCAAAUCCACCCUUAGGUGCCGGAACAUCUCCCCAUCGUGUUCUGCGCGUACCUCGGGGACGUCGGCGGGACCCACUGGACCUUUGACCGGGACAUCGAGAUCGUGUUCGAGGCGAUGGGUCAGCUUGGAUUCGGCUACUUCGCGCCGUACGAACCUUUGGAGGAGUAAAGCAUUUGUGGUUUGGGGAGGGCGAUCGGCCCUCGCGCGCCAGUGUGAUGCACUCUCGUUCGUUCGGUCGUGCCUUGGCUUGCUCUGUGGGGGAUCUGAACGCGCGAAGAGGUUGUUCUCGUCGCUGCAUAUCUGCGCGCGGCGACGUGCACCCACCCGCUGGAAGGAUGGGGGAAGAAUUGGGGUUGCUUCGUCCGAUGGGAAGUGUGUUCAACUGGAACAAGACUAAAAAAAG